AUGGCUUUCCAGAACAAGCCACAUCUUAAUCCACCAGGAGCUGAUGAUCCACUUAUUACAGUCAAAAGGUUGUUGAAAAUCGUUGAAAACUUGCACAGACAUGUGUCUCCUAAAAUGGAAAAUCGACUAUCUCGUGUAGCAAGAAGCAACGGUGAAGAAGCGAAUGAGACUAAUAACACGAAUGAUCCUUUACGAAGCAUCCCUCUUCUUGGUAUCAAUCCUGACGAAGACCUUUUUCUUAUGCUAAGUUUUCAUCUCGAACUGAUAAAAAAUAAGCUGAUAAAGAUGCAGCUACUUCGUGGAUAUGUACAAGAUGAGAUUUCGAGACAUAGCAUUCAUCUUGAGAAACUUCUAUGCGAAUUGAAAAACAAAUUUCCUGACAAGUGUUACUUUACCAAAGGGAUGAAGAAAGAUGUAGACGAUUUCACCAGGAAGAUCUCUGAUUUGUUGGGCAAGCUUUCCGUGUUGCCUGACAAGCCAGCAGGACAGAAAACAUUAUAUUCUCAUGAUAGCAGCGGAUAUAAUAGUGGCAGAAAGUGUUCAUAUCUUCCCGGCCUCCAUGCAAAUGUGGAAGAUCUCACCAAAUUACAGGCUUUCAGACAAGUGAAACAGGAAUUUAGAGCUUGA